AUGUCUUCGAAUCUUAAAAUUAAGGAUUGGUUUGAAAAUAAAAAUAAUCUUUCGCUUGUUGCCGAAGGAAAAACGAAAAAAAUUUGGCGAUCUUCAUUGAAUGAUCAAAAUGAUUUUGAAAAAUAUGUAUUAUUGGAAAGUAAAGAUCAAAUAACAGCAUUUAACGCUCAGCGAUGUGAUAUUAUUCAUGGAAAAGCUAAAUCAGCAAAUGCGACUACAUGCAAUAUUUUCAAAUAUCUUCAUGCAUUAGGAUUAGAAACUCAUUUCGUCGAAACUUUUAAUGAAAAUUCAUUUAUUGCAUUAAAUUGUGUGAUGGUUCCUUUGGAAUGGGUAGCAAGACGAAUAGCAACUGGAUCGUUUCUUAAGCGAAAUCCUGGCGUUCCUGAAGGCUUUGUAUUUUCAGAGCCAAAAAUUGAGAUUUUUUAUAAAGAUGAUGCAAACAAUGAUCCCCAAUGGUCUGAAGAACAAAUUUUGGCUCGAAAAUUUAUUUUCAAUAAUAUUUUAAUUGGAAAAAAUGAAAUUGAUUUAAUGAAAUUACAAACUGAUUUAGUAUUUCGUUUACUUGAAAAAGCUUGGGCAUACGCUGAUUGCACAUUAAUCGAUCUCAAAAUUGAAUUUGGUAUUACUUCUAAAGGAAAAAUAAUAGUAGCUGAUGUUAUCGAUAAUGAUAGUUGGAGAGUUUGGCCGGCAGGUUAUCGCCAAUUUCAACUUGAUAAGCAAUUUUAUCGAGAUUUAAAAGUUGUUGAUGACACAGCUAUAAAUCAACUUAAAGAAAAUUAUAAUAAAGUAGCAAAUAUUACUAAGGAAUUUAAUAGAGAUUCCAUUGGACAAGUUGUAAUCGUUAUGGGAUCCUCCAGUGAUUCUAAUAUUGCUAAAUCGAUCAGUGAAAAACUUGAAUACUUCGGGAUAAAAUCUGUUCAGCGAAUUGCUUCUGCGCAUAAAACCACUCUUAAGGUCCUCGAUAUUAUAGCUGAAUUUGAAAGAAAUAGCAUACCAACGGUAUUCAUCGCUGUCGCUGGUUUAAGCAAUGGCUUAGGACCUGUAAUAACGGGCAAUACAUGCCAUCCAGUUAUCAACGUACCUAAUCUUAAUUCUGAAUGGGGCAAAAGCGAUCUGUGGUCAUCUUUGAGAAUGCCUUCAGGUAUGGGAUGUACGACGGUUUUAAGUUCGGAUGAAGCUGCAAUGGCUGUUGCAAGAAUAUUUUCUUUAAAUGAUUACAUGAUUUAUGGACGAAUUGCAGUUAAAAGAUAUCAAAAUUAUCUAUCAAUUUAA